AUGCCCUACGUCACCUGCAACCCCGACGCCCCAUCGGGCCCGUGGACCGCGACGAUACCCUGUCCAGUCUGCUAUGAAGCCCGCAAAGUCCGAGAGCGCCCCGGCACCCUCCGCCGGCUCCUUGGCACUUCCCGCCGACUCGGGCCCGCGUCCCCCCCCUCUGUGUGUUCCGAAUGCGGCAGCGCUGGGAGAGAGACAACCACCUUCAGCGAGCCCAACUGGAACCCGGAGCACCGUGUUGGCCGCCGCGUAGAAGAGCCCGUGGGGCCCGCCAACGAGACCCGGGCAGACGACGUUUUUGGCCCGCCGACGCCCCUAGGCAGGCCGGCGAGCAUGUGGGCGAGGCUGAAGCCGCUGGAGGACCACCCGUAUUUCGCCGUUCCCGACGCCCAGGAGCUGGCCUGGGCCAAGGCCAUCAGAAAGGCGCAGAAAUGCGAGCGGGCCGCUUCAGACGUGCGGAGUGUGCUGCGGGUGACGAUGGGCCGUCUCUUGCUGUCUCGCGGGCCGAUGCUAACCCCGGUGUACGAGGAGCACCGGGCAAGAUCGCAAGAACGGCGGAGCCAGGCCGAGAGAUUGGGACGGACCAGAGACAGGCCCUGGACCUGA